CACAGUGAGCAGAGCAAGAUGGCGGCGCCUACGAAGCAGUACGGGCUGAUCUUGUCCCAGAAGAAAGGAGGGUUGAAGGCAGCAGCCCUGCAGAAACCCUCAGUGUUUGGAGAUGACUCCGAUGACGAGACAUCAGUUGGGGAGAGUCUGAAGAGAGAAGCCAUAAAAAAGAAGAUGAUGAAGCAGACACGGUUGGAGAUGCAGAAGGCCCUGGAAGAGGACAGCACCGUGUACGACUACGAUGGCGUCUACGAUGACAUUCAAAAACAGAGAAACGAAACCACAAAAAAACUUCUUGGAGGCGCUGACAAAAAGCCAAGGUAUAUCCACCAGUUGUUGAAAGCAGUCGAUGAGCGAAAGAAAGACCAAGAACGGAGGGAAGAGAGAAAGAUCCAGAAAGAAAGAGUGGCAGAGGGAGAGAAGUUUUCAGAUAAAGACGCUUACGUGACCUCCGCCUACAAGCAAAAGCUGCUGGAGCAGAAGGAGGAACAGGAGAGAGAGGACAGACAGUCACAGAUAGAAGCUGCUUUGGACGUGAAGAAACAGAGAGACCUGACUGGCUUCUACCGACACCUGCUCAAUCAGACUGUAGGAGAGGAGGAGAUACCAGAUCGCUCUGCAAACAAACCUCAAACCGUGAAGGUAAAGACAGAGAAGACCUCACCUCUUCCUUCACCUACAUCCCAUGAAAAUAACGCAAGUUCAUGCAGCGACAGCGAGGAGGCACACGAUCAGAAGUCUGCGUUUAGCAAGCUGGGUGCCGGCUCUACACAUCCCAAACGCCAGUACAGACAGAGGUCGCCAUCGUCCGGAAGUGGAGAAGAUAAGGAGAAGGAAAAAGAGAGGGAAAGAGACCGACACAAGAAGAGUCACAGAGAUCAAGACAGAGGGAGGGACAGAGAUAGAGACAGAGACAGGAACCGUGGAAAGGAGAGGGAUGACAGACAUGGAGGAAGAAGAGACGACAGGGAUAGGAGAAAGGACAGAGAACGAGGAAGAGAGGAUGACAGAAGUAGAGGCCGGGGGGAUGCAGAGAGGGAAGACAGGCACGGGAAAAGGGCAAAGAGCCCAAAAGACAGAGAGAGGGAUAAGAAUGGGGACAGAGAGAAGAGGAGGAAUCCAGCUGAGGAUGAGCGGAAGGACAAAGAUCGGGAACAGGAGAAGGAGAGAAGGAAGGAGCAAGAGAAGGAGAAGACGGUGAAGAAGGAAGAAAAGGAACCAGAAAAGAAGGAAGAAGAUGGAGGAGAAGAGGUAAAGGAGAAAGAGGUGAAAGAGGAAAUAGAGGAAAAGGAGAGCAAGUUUGCAAAGCGCAGCACAGAUCAUACUUUGAGUUCAGCCAGAGAGCGGUACAUGGCCCGACAGAUGGGACGCUCGGCCUGUAAGAGCUAUAUCGAGAAGGAGGAGGACUGAGAGCUGUGAAGCUCACCACACACACGCAAACACACACACACGCAAACACACACACACACACACACACACACACACACACACACACACACACACAUCCCUGAUCGGCACUCAAACUAUCUCACUCAAGAGGAUACAACUCGUGUUUUCGUUUUUUCUUCAAUAAAUCCACUUCAAAUCAGAUUUCUUUCUUCGACAAAACUUUUCAAAUUCCCAACCUGUUCCCCAACAUAACUUUUUAUAUAUUGUUACCUCUGCAGGGGAGGUUAUGUUGUUGUGUUAGUUUGUUUGUUGGUAUAUUUGUUUGAUUGUAAGCUACAUUACACAAACACGUUGUAACAGAAUUCCACAAAACGUGGGUGAAGGAUGUGGUGUGGGUCAGGGAAGAGCCCGUUAAAAUCUGUUAACUCCCUUUCAACGGGAUUAAAGAUGACAUUUGUUUGCGACUACUUCAUCUGUGCUUAUACAGCAGCAGAACAGUGAAUGUGAAACUAACUCCAGAUUAACUACAGUGUCUAUAGGCGUGACAGUAAUGACACUGUGUUUCUUAUGAUGUUUUAUUAGCCAUGGACAACAGAGGUAUAGCAGCAAAAACCAUCUGGCCUUCACAAAAAAUAAGUUUCUAGAAAAAGCAGAAUCUUACCCAACGAGCCCUGAGCUAAUCGAGAACAGGGCAGUACAUUAUAGACGUGGUAAAUGUGAAAAUAACAAUGUUGACUUGUAAAUAUGAGUUCUGACAGAGACACUUGUAUCAGCAGCACAACUGUGUUAUGUCAACCAGUGCUUGUGUUCAUUGUCUUUUGUGCUUUGAGGUGUUGUAUCUUCCUCUUGUAAUUUAAUUCAUGGUGAGUGAUAAUAAAAUCAUUUCUGUUUCACACUU